AGGCGCUGAGCUGUGCAUUCGGCAGUGUUCUCUAGUGAUGCGAGAGGAGCGUGUAUUGGAGUCAACUAACUGGCUACUGCCAACGAGUGGAGAUUUUCGCCUCAUCCCGGCUGGAUAUUCUAAUGCUUUUAGUUCUGCUGCAUUCUGACAUGAACUGCUUCUUCUUAUGACAGCGCUUCAUUUUUAACUCUGGUUGUGCACACAGUGGAUUUUACACGGACAACACUGGGAUAUGUUAAACAGCAAUUUUCCAAGUGACAAAUUUAAGGAAAUUAAUUAGCAGGAGAAAGCGUCUUGCAAUAGUGAGAGGAACCUAAAGCUCCGCGGCUGGAAAUAGAAAGGUAACUGUGGACAUCAAUGAGACCAUUCCUGCUACAGCCUAAAAUAACUGGACUUAUUCCAUGAUUUUCUCAAUCCGGAGUCAAUUUUGAUGUUUUCAUCGGAUGUGCAAUUUGAUUUAAUUGUUCAAGAGGAAUAAACGCCACAAUUGAUUCAAUCUAUCAAUUCAACUAUUAUUCUAAAUACGCUUUAACAGUGGACAAUCGUGAUUCUGAUUAUAAUUCAACUGGAACAUUUCUAAAACCUCUAUUCAUAUCUACUUAUCAUAGUGGACUUGUUAAUCGGAAUUUUCCUUUUUGAAUAAAUCAUUGAGCGAAUUUUUUUUAUUUGAUCGAAAUGGUCUGUUCAUCUUUUCAGUCGUGCGUACCAGGUUAUAUGAGCUGCGCCGAUUUACAUGGGUAAAUCACUGUUCUGAGACCAUUCAGUAUGUUUUCACGUUGCUGCCCUCCCCAAUAUCUCGCGCUCUGCAGCAGGCUGGAGGAUUCGGUUUAGUGCAAUGAAGUGCAAUGAAGUAAAAAGACUUUGAACUUACAUAUUGAUUAAAACACAUCUGCAUAUCGGUUAAGAGCUAUUCAUGCCGUUAAAUCUAUUCCCCGGACAACUUUUUGAUUGAAAUGAACAAAUUGGAAAAUUUAGCCUGUUAUCUCUAACGUGAAGGCGAGCGCGUUAUUUGUUUAUAUACAAGAUCCUAAUUACGGAAAAGGAAGAAAGAACAUCAACAGGUACAAUGCAAAACAGAGAAAUGGAUUUGAUACAAUGUCUUUUGGUCGUCCUUUUAUGUUGGACUGGGGCUGAGGCUGUGAUCAAUUUGAAAUAUUGGAUAAACGAGGAGCAAAAACCAGGUUCAGUCAUUGGAAAUGUGACAAAGGACGCACAACUGCAAGGAUUUCAGAUUGCACCUCAACCUCCGUACUUGCGCGUGAUCUCCAAUUCGGAGCCGCGAUGGGUGGAACUCAGUCCGGCUGGAAUCCUUACGACUCAACAAAAAAUCGACAGGGAUGUAGUUUGCCGACAAAACCCCAAGUGCAUUAUCUCUCUGGAAGUGAUGUCGAAGUCGAACUCUAUGGAAAUCUGUGUCAUAAAAGUUGAAAUUAAGGAUUUGAAUGACAAUGCACCUAGAUUUCCAACAAACCACAUUGACAUCGAAAUUUCAGAGAAUGCCUCUCCAGAUACAAGGUUUCCCCUAGAGGGGGCAAGCGAUCCGGACUCUGGCAUCUUCGGUGUGCAAUCAUAUUCCAUCACCCCGAAUGAGCUUUUCGACUUGGAUGUAAAGACUAGAGGGGAUGGGUCCAAGAUUGCUGAGCUAGUGGUGCUAAAAUAUUUAGACAGGGAGACGCAGUCUCACUACACAUAUCAAAUCAGUGCGGAAGAUGGGGGAGACCCUCCUAAAAUUGGUGCUGUUCAGUUAAACAUCAGAGUAAUAGAUUCUAAUGACAACAAUCCCGUCUUUGAUGAGUCUGUCUAUACUGUUAAUGUGAUGGAGAAUUCUCCCAUCAAUACAGUAGUUAUAGACUUAAACGCAACGGAUCCCGACGAGGGCACUAAUGGCGAGGUUGUGUACUCAUUCAACAGUUACGUCACAGACAAAACGAAGGAUGCGUUCAAAAUUGAUCCUAGGACCGGCGUUAUUACCGUAAAUGGUGUCCUGGACUAUGAAUCCAUGCACAUAUAUGAGAUUGACGUUCAGGCCAAAGAUUUAGGUCCCAAUUCAAUACCAGCGCAUUGCAAAGUCACAGUGAACGUGAUGGACUCUAAUGAUAAUCCACCUGUCAUUAGCUUAUUGUCGGUGAACACGGAGAUGGUGGAAGUAAGUGAAAACGCACCUCGUGGAUACGUGAUAGCUUUGGUGAGGGUUUCAGACAAGGACUCGGGCGCCAACGGCAAAGUGCAGUGUAGGCUUCAGGGCAACGUACCUUUUAGGCUGCAAGAAUACGAGAGCUUUUCAACCAUACUUGUUGAAGGCAGACUGGACAGAGAGCAAAGAGACACGUACAAUCUCACAAUUCAAGCAGAGGAUAGUGGUAUUCCACCUUUACGCGCCACAAAGUCUUUUGUCGUUAGAGUUACUGAUGAAAACGACAACCCCCCUCAUUUCCUAAAACCCCACUACCAAGAAAUGGUCCUGGAAAACAACCUGCCUGGUUCAUGUUUGCUGGCAGUAUCAGCUGUAGACCCGGACCUGGGCAUGAACGGAACCGUGUCUUACACAAUAGUUCCAAGUGAAAUAAAACACAUGGACGUUAACACUUAUGUCAGCAUUAAUCCAUCAGGUCGUAUCUAUUCCAUGAGAUCUUUUGACCAUGAAUACACAAGGACAUUUGAUUUCAAAGUGUUGGCCAGAGACAAUGGGAAUCCAUCUUUAUCAAGUAAUGCAACAGUGCGUAUUGUUGUACUGGAUGUCAAUGAUAAUACACCUAUUAUGACAACCCCCCCACUGGUAAAUGGCACAGCCGAGGUGUCUAUUCCAAGAAACGCUGGAGUAGGUUACAUGGUGACACAAGUUAAAGCCGACGACUACGACGAGGGAGAAAAUGGAAGGCUAACAUAUACCAUCUCAGAAGGAGACCGGGCUUUCUUUGAAAUAGACCAGGUGAAUGGCGAAGUUAGAUCAACGAGAAUGUUCGGGGAGAACGCAAAAUCCACCUACGAGAUCACAGUUGUGGCACGAGACCAUGGGAAGCCUUCGCUAUCAGCAUCAGCAUACAUUGUGGUCUACCUGUCACCAGACUUGAACGCACAGGAGUCUAUCGGACCUGUAAACCUGUCUCUGAUCUUCAUCAUUGCCUUGGGUUCAAUUGCUGCUAUCCUGUUUGUCACCAUGAUCUUUGUUGCUGUGAAGUGCAAAAGGGAUAACAAGGAAAUCCGAACAUACAACUGCAGUUUCUUCUACCUGCGCAGGGUGGCGGAGUACUCCUACGGCAACCAGAAGAAGUCCAGCAAGAAGAAGAAGCUGAGCAAGAAUGACAUCCGUCUGGUGCCGCGCGACGUGGAGGAGACGGACAAGAUGAACGUGGUGAGUUGCUCGUCUCUCACCUCCUCGCUCAACUACUUCGACUACCACCAGCAGAGCCUGCCGCUGGGCUGCAGGCGCUCCGAGAGCACCUUCCUCAACGUGGAGAACCAGAACUCGCGCAAUGCCGCCCCCAACCACGGCUAUCAGCACACCUUCACCGGCCAGGGUCCCCAGCAACCCGACCUCAUCAUCAACGGCAUGCCACUGCCAGAGACAGAGAAUUAUUCCAUUGACUCCAGUUAUGUGAACAGCAGAGCACACCUCAUUAAAAGCACGUCGACAUUCAAGGACCUGGAGGGGAACAGUCUCAAGGACAGCGGGCAUGAGGAGAGCGACCAGACUGACAGCGAACACGACGUCCAGCGAGGCCACUACGUGGACACGGCUGUCAACGAUGUGCUGAACAUGACCGUGCCCCCCAACAUCUGCCAGCUGCCCGACCAAGGUAGGAGAAAAGAUCCCGGCGAAGGCUUCCAUUGCCAGGAUGAGUGCCGUAUCCUUGGCCACUCCGACCGCUGCUGGAUGCCCCGCGUUCCGGCCCGCGCCAAGUCUCCGGAACAUGGCCGCAACGUCAUUGCCCUGUCCAUCGAGGCCACCACCGUGGACGUACCCCACUACGAGGACGGCACCGGAACCACUAAAAGGACUUUUGCCACCUUUGGCAAGGAUGGGCCCGAGGAUGUGGAGCGGGGCGAGCUAAGAGGCAAGCGGACAGCCGAAUCUCAGGUGUGCAGCCCCAAGGCUAACGGCGGGGCGGUCCGCGAGGCCGGGAAUGGGCGUGAGGCGGCCAGCCCCAUCACCUCCCCCAUGCACCUGAAGAGUCCCCUGUCCAAGACGCCGUCGGCUUACAACACGCUGAAAUGCCGUGACGCCGAGCGAAUCGCCAACCACAGCCUGCUGAGGCAGCCAGAGGGGAAGGACAGUGAGCCGGCCGUGAGGGAGAUCAACACACUUCUACAAGAUGCCCGGGAAAAGGAGUCUCCGAGCAGCAAGCGCCUGAAGGACAUUGUGCUCUAACAGGCAUCAGUCCCACACAUGCUCUCACACUCAUACACACACACAGUGUAAACACAUGUAUACAUAUGUGUGUAUAUAUAUGUAUGUAUAUAUACACACACACAUAUAUAUUUAUAUAUAUAUAUGUAUGUACUCCGCAAUAGCUGUGUGUGGUCAAGUUAAGGAAUUUUAGAGAGACAAACACACGUUUCUGGCACAGUGUACACUUCCAAAGUAUCAGGCCACACAAGGCCAGAUGAGGAACUGAAGUGUUCUGAGCUUGCUAUGUGCUCGAGAGCCAAGGCAGUUAAUGUGGCUUUGUUGUAGUCGCAGUACUUUUGCUUUUUGUUCAGUUUCUUUGCGUGGGUUCCUGUAAGUAGACCAGCAGGUGACUGUUGACUGCAAAACGUGCCCGAGCGUGCUCUUUGGCCUGUUUUGCCGCAGUAGGACACCGUCGAGAUUUGUUUGGACUCUUAUGACGGUUCUAAGUACAGUUAGCCUUUUGAACUUUUUUGGUAUCAAGUGAACUGAUGUUUGCCUUCCACGGUUUGCAGCUUGUCUCGGCUGCGAACUCGCUCAUUGUUCGUCUGUAGAGCGAGCUCCCACAAUGCAACAGAUGGCAAACGAACAGACGUGCCCGGGAUUCUGUCUGAACCGUUGCCUCUAUUUGCUCCUUCACCAGUUCUCUUUGCAGAGGGAGGGGGAGAGCUCCACACACCCUAGUCUCAUUUCCCCCUCUGUCUGAUAAGAGGAUCCAGAUCUGCGCCCCCCCUAAGGACACCCCAGUGUCAUCAGACUGUGAGGUCUUUACAGUAUUUAUGUUUUAUCACAGAUGGAGUUAAAUGAACUCUGCCUAUCGGCCCAGCCAUUCUGAACGCUGGAAGUGGGACAGACCGAUCCUUCUGUUUCAGCUGAGCUGUAUGAAAGAAAAAAGACACUGCUUUUGAAAUCUCCUCUGCCCAUUCUUGAUUGUAGCCAGUGGAGCAUAAAUUAGAACUUUGUGCUCUGGUCUUGUACUUUUUCUGACUUUUGACUAUGGGGCUAGGAUAGAAGGGAUCGUCACUCACGUCUUGCUAUGUGGAACUCUGUAUAGGGUUUACUAUUAUCAUUUUUAAUAACCUGUUGUUAUGUGACAAUCCCUUUUAAUGUUUUGUUUUGAGAGUAAAAAAAAAGACAAAUAAACAUUGGUGUUCAACUGAAGCUACAGUAGCGUUUGUUACACAAACACAAAAAGAAAAAAACAUAUAUGCCAAAAUAUAUUUUAUAAAUAAUUUAAAAAUGUAUAAUGAGAAUAUUUAAUGCUGUGUAGUUAUUUUGUCAGUAAGUUAUAUUUGAAAUUAACUUGCUUUUGUUUAUUUGGUCUUUUUUUUAAAUUCUGAUUGAUUUCUUUUUCUUUUUCAAAUGAACUUUGAAUUGUUUUGUUAACUGUGUUACCCCUGGCAACUGUUGACUUGCAGUCUACCUUGUUGUAAAGAGUUUCUUAUUGGUCAGUUCUUGUGCCAUCAAGUUUCCGUGUGGGCAAAUAGAAAAUGUAAAAAGACAAAAAAAAAGCAAUUUCAGCACCAACAGUAGUGUGUCAGUUCAAUGAGCUUAGAGUGAGAUAGCAAAAGAAACCAAAAAAAACGCAAACAAAACCUUAAAGAUAACAGGUCGUUGCUUAAUCUAAAUAUUAAAAGUAAAUGAACGAGGGUUAAGCUUGGUGGUUAAGCAAACAAGGGGAUUCCACCGAUAUCUGUGUCUAGAGAAUGGCCACUGGCCCUGUGUUCUGGUUGGAGUGUAUAAGCAAGGCUUGUACUGCAUACCGUAACACAGGAACACAAGGUCAGAGUAUACCUAACUUUAGGCUAUGGGGAUUCAGAGACAUUCAGAGACUAGCUUUGCUCAACAGCCUUGUCAUCCUGCACUUUCUGCUUUGAAUUGAAUUCAAGGAUAAGCUUGAGUAGAGGGUGACACAAUCCAGGUUCACCUUACAGUUGGGAAGUGGAACAAAGGCCUUUGAAGAAACUUAUUGCAAAUCAGCAAUGAGGUUUUCUGUUGCUUUGCAGUUCACUAUGUACAACUUGGAAAAAUGUGAAUGAAAAAAGGACAAAUUGCAUACAACGAAAUAGAUGGUGUAGCUGAAUGUUUUUUGCUGGUCUCACCCAUGGCUUUUGGCAACAUGAAAAUCGGAAUAAUCACUGAAUGUAUACAGCAGCUUAUUAUUAAACUAUUAAAUGUUCACCACUUUGUUUCAGUGUUUUCCGUAGUCAUGAGUUUCUCUUCAUCUCAAAAUUACCAUCAAAUAGUUCAUAAUGAAAUGCACGCAAGUAGGGUGAGUGAGUGAGUGUGCAUUGUUGUAAAUUAAUGAGCAUGACUACAACCCUGCAUAUUGCAAUUAUCCG